UAAGAAAUAGAUAGAUGUAUAUGUAGUCUGGAUUGCGUUGGCAGGUUGUUCAGAGCAAUCCAUGGCUAGACAGCGACUUGGAGAAUAACCCAUCAUCAUCUUCACGAGAUUUUGCUAUUGCCCCCCAAUGAAUGAUGUCUUUCUGUAUGUACAUGUCACUGCCACCUGUUCAUUAACCUAGCUGUAUGUGUGUAGUUUGUGUCCAGAGCUAGGGGAUCCUAUUCUAUAUUAUAUGACCGACCCUUUGCUGUUCUCAUUUGGUCUGUAUUGGUUGUUUCUUUCAAAGGUGCAAAGUGCUCACUCUUUGAAACAACAUAUAUCAGAUAAAACAAAGAGAGGGGAAUCAAACUAGUCUUCUGGGAUUUCCUUCUUGUUUUUCUUUCUUGGAGUUUUCUUCAAUAUCUCCUCCAACUAUGUCCACAAGAGCUCAAGCUGACUUAAAUCCUAUUGUUUCAACCGUUUCUCCUCAAAAAAUUAAGAAGAAGAGAGGCCUACCUGGGAACCCUGACCCAGACGCUGAAGUGAUUGCUUUAUCUCCAAAGACGCUGUUGGCUACCAACAGAUUCAUAUGUGAGAUCUGUAACAAAGGUUUCCAGAGAGAUCAGAACCUCCAGCUUCACAGAAGAGGCCAUAACCUUCCAUGGAAGCUGAAGCAAAGGAACAUCAAAGAUGUAAAAAAGAAAGCCUAUGUUUGUCCUGAGCCAACGUGCGUCCACCACCAUCCAUCGAGGGCUUUAGGUGAUCUUACUGGAAUCAAGAAACACUUUUGCAGAAAACACGGUGAGAAGAAAUGGAAGUGUGAGAAAUGCUCGAAGAUCUAUGCGGUUAAAUCGGAUUGGAAGGCUCAUUCUAAGACGUGUGGAACAAGAGAAUAUAGAUGUGAUUGUGGAACCCUUUUCUCAAGGAAGGAUAGCUUCUUAACUCACAGAGCGUUUUGUGAUGCAUUGGCUGAAGAAAGUGCAAGACUGUCGGCCAACCAACUUGCCGCUGGCGGCGGCACGAAUCCAGCCCCCAAUCCACCUUUGGGUUUCCCUUUCCCAAACCCUAUUUCUCUUAACCCAUGGGACCCUACUCAAACCUCUAACCCUAACCCGAAUAACCCACUUCAAGUCAAGCCCGAGUCUCAACAUUUCGCGCCAUACUUCCAAGAACCGCCGCCGCCUCCAAAGGUCCUGGUCACCUCUCCCUUCCAAACCCUCCGCGUAAGCAACAAUCCGCUCUCCAAUGCUGCCAUGUCAGCCACUGCACUCCUUCAAAUGGCGACCACCGUUGGUGCAUGCACCGCCACGCAGAUAAAUAACAACAGCAAUUAUCAUUACGGCAUGGCGAGUCAUGUAUCCCCGGAUUUCUCAGGUUUCACGGCGGCAGACCUGGCCACGUGGCAAAAGAACAGCGACCGUUUCACCAGAGACUUUCUUGGUUUGACUAGAGACAAUCACCAGCAACAUCACGGUGGUGGCAAUGCCAUUGCCAAUGGUAAUGGGAAUGUUAACUUUGGCAUAAACGCGAGAGAUGUGAUAACGUGCACUGUCGGAGUGGAGUUGCAGCACUUUGGGACAGGCCACCCGCUGUUGAAGCCCCAAGGUUUUGGAUUCGCCGAGCCCUACGUCCCAGCCUCGGAAGCCUGGGGUGAUUGUUGAAACAAAAAAAGGGGAAAAUUUAAUAAUUUGGGAUAUCCCUUUCAGAAUGAAAACAAUGCCCUUAUCCGGUGUAAUGUUUAAUAGC